AUGACUAAAGGACCGGAGACCUAUCCUUUCUUUUACUCCGAGGCCGCACAGCUCGAUCCUCGGAUCAAGAUCCCACGGCCAGUCAUUGAUCCCACACUCGCACCCAUCAUCGAUUCAUGCCUGCUCCCCGAAGAGGUGAGUCUCGACUUCAUGCGCGGCGUAUCGGCCGGUGGAGAUGACGAGAAGGCAUUUGUCUACAAUGCCGACACUGUGGUCGAAAACGCGCCACACCUCAACCACACGGAGCAUUCUGUUCCCGGUCCUCAUGGUAAUAGUGUUAUUCUGUCGGUAUUCGCACCCAAGGAACCAACCACCGCUAUGCUGCCGGCCUUAUACCACAUCCACGGUGGCGGCAUGAUCGCCGGGGACCGUUUCACUGCCGUCACCGAGCUGUGGGAUCUCCUCGGGGGCAUUGAGUGUGUUGUUGUGUCCGUGGAGUAUCGCCUUGCGCCAGAGACUCGCGCGCCCGGACCAGCGGAGGAUUGCUACUCCGGACUGGUCUGGACAUCUGAGAACGCUGCGAACUUGGGUAUUGACCCGGCCGGCAUUGUGGUCUGGGGCGUGUCGGGUGGUGCAGCCCUGGCAGCAGUGAUAUGCCUCAUGGCCCGGGACAGAGAGUGCCCGACAAUCCCCAUUAAGGGUCAGAUGCUCUUGUCCCCCAUGCUGGAUGAUCGAUGUGAAAGUGUAUCAGACCAGCAGUUCGAAUACGGAAGUCCGUGGUGUGGCCUUUCGAAUCGCAUGGCGUGGGCCCAUGUCCUUGGGGAGGACCGCGGUACCGACCGGGUUACACCAUAUCAGUCCCCAUCCCGAGCAGGCGAUCUGUCAAAUCUCCCAACAACCUAUAUCGACGCUGCAGAAUGUGAGGUGUUCCGGGAUCCCGCUGUCCUAUAUGCCAUGAAUAUGUGGCGUUGCGGUUCAACCUGCGAAUUGCACGUCUGGCCAGGUGCCUUCCACUUAUUUGAUGGGAUGGAUAACCCGGAUGUGCCACUUAUUCAUGCUGCCAUUGUAUCAAAGAAAACCUGGCUAAAACGGAUUAUGCAGUCUAAACGUGUGGAAUGCUAG